UUUUGUCGCAAAAUAUCUGUUUUUGCUGGACUAACAAUCUCAUGUGUUCAAUGUCCAACCUAUCACUCGAGUAUUAUCUGCCUCGGUUGAUUUGCUUCCGAGAGCUCUCGCACAUCAUCACCACCGGAAUGGUCAACGUCGGAACACACUUCAAAUUGUAACACUUGUCCCAAGUAUUACUCGAAAUUCGCUCGCUCAACUCAUAUGGGUCCAUCAUAGUACAAUAGACCCGUCUCCACGGGAACAGAACUUGCCGUCCGAGGUUGAGGUUGUUACAUGUCCUUUUCUUCCCGGACCUACCUCCAUGGUCGUGGAACUCCUUCUCCCGUCUUCUCGACUCGCAAAAUGACAGAUAACAAACCGGCGAAUAGUACCUAUCCUGAAGGCCCCAACAACCUCUUGCUCGGGAUGUCAUGAAGUCAUCCAAACAACCCGUUUUCACCUGGGCGUUACUUCCCCACCGACCACUUGCUCACUCAGCAACAUGCUUUACAUUGUGCAACUGCGCGAGAGCCGUCUUCUCGCAAUUGCAUCCAGAGAUUGUGCUACCCUCACGUUGUUGGCUGCCCUUUCUUGCGCUAAGUGGCCCGUAGAUGCACAACAGGGUGAUAGCGCACACGAUCAGCAUCUGCACCAGCGCAUCUCCCGUCUUUGCACUACAGUGCCGCCUGCGAGUCCCGAGGCCGAAAAGUCUGGGGGAGACAUUUUUGUGCUACGAGCUUGGUCGUUGACUUGCAUUGGUGUUGGUUGGUCGACCGUCACUUCUCACUUAUCGUCACAUCGCUCUGGCUUGUUGAUGUCUUAGAAGCAAUACCGAUAGUAGUGCUACUAGAAUUUAUAUUUCUUUUUCUUCUGAUAGCUCCUUUUGAAUGUAUAGCCCUAUCUCGAUAAGGUUCUGGCUGCAGGAGGGCUUGUGGGCCGUGAGCCGUUUGUUAUUGUCUGGCGGCUUGUUUAGCUGCAGCUUCGUGAUUCAGAUUAUGAAUUGAGUGAGCGCCUUUCUUGAUGCUGGGCUUCGGAGGUGGAGAGACAUCUGACCGUUUCUUAUUGGCAUUCUUGAUUGCUGCUGUUUUGGUUAUUCUGAGCAUUCCAAAGGUAAGACAUCUAAAACAAGUCUUUGGAAUGAGGAAGUG